AUGAUGCCUGCAGCCAUGAAGGGCCUCGGCCUGGUGCUGCUGGCCGCUCUGCUGUGCUCGGCCCCCGCUCACGGCCUGUGGUGCCAGGACUGCACACUGACCACCAACUCCAGCCACUGCACUCCCAAGCAGUGCCAUCCGUCGGACACGGUGUGUGCCACUGUCUGGAUCACAGACCCCAGCAGCAGCAGGAAGGAUCAUUCCGUGAACAAGAUGUGUGCCUCAUCCUGUGACUUUGUGAAGCGGCACUUUUUCUCAGACUAUCUGAUGGGCUUCAUUAACUCUGGGAUCUUGAAAGUGGACGUGGACUGCUGCGAGAAGGAUUUGUGCAAUGGGGUGGCACAGCCGGGGCGCAGCCCCUGGGCCCUGGCUGGGGGGCUCCUGCUCAGCCUGGGGCCUGCCCUCCUCUGGGCUGGACCCUGA